GUUUUGAUUAUUUAGGUUUACAGGUGAAGAUGAAUCCUGAAUCUACAGGACAGCGAGUAAAACUGAGCUGUUAUUCCUCCUGCCCUUUAACAUCUAAAUAUAAGUACCGCUGGUACAAGAAUGGACAACAUUUAACAUAUGCCCAAAGCAUAAUUGUGUCAUCCAGAGGAAACACUGACAGUUAUUCCUGCUCUGAGUCUGAUUCAGAUCUCUCUUCAUCUGUGUGUGUUUCUAACAGUAGCUGUUGGGGUGUGACUUACACCUCUAGAAGAGUUUGUGCUUUAGUGGGAUCAACAGUAAAUAUUCACUCUUCAUACUCACAUCCCACUGGAUAUAUAGUAAAUAAAACAUACUGGUAUUACCAUCUUUAUGGGGCAUUCAGAGAUCUGCUUGAGGAUCGUCAGUUUUCUGGUCGUGUGGAGUUUGUGGGAAACACACUGAGAAUCAAAGACGUCAACACGAGUGACACUGGACAUUAUCAGUUCAGGAUCAUCACUAACAGAUCAGAUAAAGUUUCUGGUUCUCCUGGAGUCUAUCUUACUGUUACAGAUACAGAGGUGAGAAGCAGUCCAGACCCUGUGAUAGAUGGAGAAAAAGUGAUAUUAAGCUGUUCAACUGAAUGCACUCUGGAUAACAAACAUACUUACAUCUGGUAUAAGAAUGGACAACAGGUAACAGAUGGAUUGACAUUAUUAAACAAGCUGUACCUGGACUCAAUCAACAGUGAGGAGCUAUAUGAGUAUUCCUGUACUGUAAGAGAGAUAUGACACACCCUGCACUUGUGGACUUCCUCAGAGUCGACACUUUGAUGACAUCAUGUAGUGCAGACUUUAGGGAUACUUGAACACAAGGGCACACCAGAGCCGUGUUUUGGAACAGACUCGAGCGUCAUGCCGAAAAUAAGAAGAGAAGUUGCCCAUCAGUGUGUCUGAUCUAAAUGAGCUUUUUUAUUAAACUGUCACAGUCCCAGAUUGUCUGCCAGCCUUUAAGCUCAUUUACACGCUGCUUAUUUUUAGACCCACAUGAGUUGCAUUGGAAAGUCUGAAAGGAAGUUUUCAUCAGCUCAAUUUAAUACUUUUUAUAGGUUUUAAAUUAUAUACAUU